CUGAAGACACCUAAUCGUUCCGUCGGCCGCUACGGAAAUGGUAUCUCGUCAGUGCGAUUAGAUAAGAAGGCAAUGAGUAUUUAAAUAUCGGAUGAGUAGCUUGUUCUAGCAGACCCAGGCCUGACCGGAGCGACCAUGAAGGCCCUGUCAGUCAUCGCCAUCACUCUGGCGCUUGUCGCUCAGUGCAGCUUUGCCGAACGGAAAGCCGAGUCCGUGGAAAACUUCAGCCAACUUCGUGCGCUCUACCCGAUACCUUGGUUUCCACGGCCAUUUCCUCGGCCAUUACCUGGGCCAUGGCCACAACCAUGGCCUCGAGGUCUGCCCUGGCCUUUGCCUGAACCAAUGGUUUCCAUGCUGAAAGACUUGCCGGAAGAGGAUAUUUCUGCCGAGGAGCAACCCAACACGAGGCAACGCCGAGCCGUUAUUCCCAGGCCCCAGCCCUGGCCCCAGCCUUGGCCCCAGCCGUGGCCCCAGCCGUGGCCUCAUCCACUCCCUGUUCCUGUGCCCAACCCCUGGCCCAUUCCCUACCCGAGACGCAGGGUUUGAUGAGAGUGAAAAUUGCAGCAAAUUGGAAUAAACGCCGACCUC